GACCUUGAUUCGAUAGGGGAGUGCUUGUUUCAUAUUGUUCUAUAGGGAUCUCUACCAGAGGGUGCAUAUUGCGGAUAUACAUUUCAAAAAAUUCCGAAGGAGAGUUAGUUAUUAUAACUGAAAAAAUCGUUCCAUCCGGAUUUUUUUUGGAAAGAAAGGAGAUGCGGACAUUCAGGAUGAACAGAGCAGAACGUAACAAAACCUGUAGGAGUGCCAUUUCAUUGCCCCAGUGAGAAUUUUAUGGAAUCGGUUUUAUGUUCAUGUGGAUGUCAAAUCAAGCCCUACAUGGUUUUCAACGACACAGAUGUCGUUUUGGGAAGUGCAACAAAUUGGUCGACAACCACAGGGAAGAGUGCAAGGGCAAGCAGUUUCCAUGCAAAUGCAGAAACAAUUGUCCUUGGUGUAUUUCUGUUCCUCCUAAUAUUUCUAACCAUUUUAGGCAAUUCGCUGGUUCUGUUAGCUAUGAUUGUGAAAAAGAAACUACGAACUGUUUCUAAUAUGUUCAUAGUGUCGCUGAGUUUUACCGACUUUCUAUUGGGAUCUAUCGUAAUGAUACCAUCUGCACUGCAGAUAAUAUUUCAAGAGUGGAUUUUUCAACACGAAUUUUGUUCCGUAUGGGUAUCAUUUGACGUAAUGUUAUCCAGCGCUUCUGUUUUAAAUGUUUGUCUUAUCAGCAUAGACAGAUAUAUCUCCAUUUUAACCCCUCUCAGAUACAAAACAGUGAUGACAUUCCAGAAAGCUUUCUUAAUGCUGAUAAUUGCGUGGAGCAUAGCAAUUCUUUCAUCUUUCGUUCCAAUUAUGAAUGGCUUUCACAAUCCUGAUGUCCCCUCCUUAAAGAAUUUAACUCUAUUUUCCAGCACUCCGCAGUGUUUGUUCAUUAUAAGUGGUAUAUAUGGCGCAAUCGCCACACCAGUAACGAUUUUGUGUCCAAUUAUCAUAGCUAUUGUACUCUAUUACCGUGUUUCAAAGGAAGCAAAACGACAAGCAUUUUUCGUGGGUACUCUUCUUACUCCAGGAAAUGUUCUUCUAAGACAGCAUGUUCCAGCAAAACACUUAAGGGAACCUCUAACCCGAAAGGCUACAGUGACGCUGGGGACAAUCGUCGGUGCUUACGUUACAACAUGGUCCCCUUUUCUGUGUGCCAAUAUCGUAGAGGGAUUCUGUCAAUGUAUUCCUGGAAAACUGUUUACGUCCUUUGUAUGGUUGGGAUAUUGUAACAGCUUAAUCAACCCAAUUAUUUAUCCUUUAUUUAUGAAAGAUUUCAGGAAAGUGUAUGUUUUAGCCCUGUCAAAAUGUUGUCCUUUCCUUCAUAAAAUAAAACAUUUUAGAAUAGAGCAUACAUUAUAUGAGGGAAUUCGACACCCAACGCAUUAAAAUAACUUUUUAUCACCAACGAAGUGAUAUGCUAUUCACAAUUGUAAUAUGUUUAUAAUUUGUUGUUAAAACUUUUUGUUUCACCCCAAAAUGAAUAAAUAUUUAAAAUA